AUGCGCCUCAAAUGUCGCUGGUACCCCAGUCAAUUGCACCCCUGGGAGGUGCAACAACGACUGCAGCACCGGCCUUGGCCACAACGCCAUGGCUUUUCCUCGCGCGCUCCGUGGAUUGCCCCACGUGCGCCAGCUGCCAGUGGCUGCACGAGCACGAAUAGCACUUUCGGGGGCAGCCUUGGGGGAGGCUUGGGAGGCGGGGGAAGCUGGACGCAGCGCAGGGCGGGGAGAGGGUUACCCGCUGCGCUGGGGGCUCUGUGGCCGCGGAGCAGCAAGGGGAGGAACGCGGGCGCGGGGAAGGGCUGGCUGCCUAGGGGCGGUAGUAGUGGCGGGAGCGGAGCUGCAGUCGCGCGGGGAGAAGCGCCGGGGGCGGAAUCGAUGGAGGCGGAGAUGGAGGGGCGGGUGGGGGAAGGGCGGGUGCGGGGGGGAAGGAUGCGGGAGGGCAGCUUCCAUGAGGCGCGGGUGAAGGAGGCGGCAUGGGAGUUGGUGGUGGAACGGCUGAGGAAGAGCGAGGGAGCCAUCAGUGGCAGCGGGGGGAUCGGCGGGAGCAGUGAGAAGGAUGGGCCGUGGGAUGGCGGUAGGAUAUCUGAGAAGGCAGUGGAGGGGGAUCGAGUGGGCGUGGGCGCAGCAGCGGUGAGAGCGGGCCUGGUGGAGUCGUUGCAAGCGCACUUUCACAGCCUCCCGCUCUCCUAUGCGAGUGCGGCGGUGGAGCUGCCCCCCUGGGAGGUGGUGCUCCACAGGGACCUCCUCGCCUCUGCUGCUCGCCUGCCUGCCUGCAAGCCGCCUGUGGUAGUCACGCUGCGCCCGCACCACGGCCCUGCUGCUGCCACUGCCGCUGGCGCUGCUGCUGGAUCUGCUCCUCGCAGUGGCAGUGGCAGUGCUUAUAGUGAGUGCUGUAGACGUGUCAUGGGUAGCGAUGCUGCUGGCGGCAUCACUAACUGUAGCAGUACAACUGGAGGGUCCAAGGCAGGUGCCGCUGUUGCUGCUCUCGGAACUGACACUGUGGUUAUUGAUAGAUCACCAGGGAGUGGUGACAGUUGCAGUGGAGCGGGUGGUGUGACUGGAAGGGGUGCUGCCAGUAGCAGUGCAGGGUUGGACGGUGAUGGUGGCGGUAACGAGGGCGGGCUGUUCUUCUCAUGGCAGGGAUAUGCUGCGCCUGAGUUGGCAGUGAGUAGGGCGGCAGUGAGUGGGGCGGCAGUGAGUGGGGCGGCAGUGAGUGGGGCGGCAGUGAGUGGAGCGGCAGUGAGUGGGGCGGCAGUGAGUGGAGCGGCGUUCAUGCCUGGGUCAGGGUCGAAGCAGCAGGUGCAGAGGGCAUUGGCCGCAGCGCGAGGCGAUCACAGUGCAGAAAGAGGAGGUGGAUUCGGGGGUAGUGAUGCAGGACCAGGUUGCUUGGGUGUGGAAGCAGGAGAUUGGGGUAUGGAAGGAGAAGGCAAGGAGGUCGGAGAGAAAGGAGCAGGGCAGCAAGGGAGCGGCAGGAGGGGCAGCAGCGGGGUGUGGUCGCCUCAAGGGGCGUAUGGGACGCAGGGGGACGGCAGCACGGGCAGCACUUGCAGCGGGGGAAGUGGGCGGGGCGGGUUCAGCUGGGGGAGAGGGGGGUUCUCAGUGUGGGAGGAGGAGGAGGUGAGGGUCGACCGGAGAGAAGGGGGAGGAAAUGCGUUGGAUUCACAGAAAGAGGAUACACCUGCGGUAGCACCGGACACUGGUGUUGCGGAACGUGAGCUGCUAGCGCCAUCUAUAAACACCCCAGUGGGUGACGGGGGAGUGGAUGCCAGGCAGGGCCGUGUGGGCGAGGGAGGUGUAGCGGCAGCAGGAGCUGCAGUGGGCGGAGGGCGUAGAUGUAAGGAUAGCACAAGGGAGGGUGGAAAUGGGGAUGCGUCUUUACUGCAGCAUGAGUCUGGUGAGAGUGGUGCUGCUGGUCCUGCAGUGUGGGUGAGUGGUGGUGUAUGUGGAGGUAGACAGGCUGGGAGUGGGAAGGGAGGGGAAAAAGGAGGGGGAGAGGUGGGGGUGGGGGUUCCAGGAGCAGUCAGGUCGUCAGCAGAUGCAGCCAAAGGGGUAGAAUCAGCAGCGGAUGGAGCAGCAGCAGUGGGAGGAGCAGCAGCAGGAGCAGUGACAGUAGGAGCAGCAGUGCUUGGUGCCUGUGAUGCUGAUGGGGGAAAUGGAGCAACGGGGGGCAGGGAGGGCACCAGGAACGAACAGGGUCUCGUGCAGCUGCUGCUGUCAGAGCGCGGCCUCAUGAGGGAGCAGCUGGGCCACUUCCUCCUCGACCCUCUGCGCCUCGACCUCGGCCCGCUCAUCGCAACGGGUGCCUCGGGGGAGGUGCGCCGAGGCAGGUAUGCUGGCGAGCCCGUGGCUGUGAAGAUUCUCAAGGGGGAGAUGAGGAGAGAUGGGGCCGUGGCAGGGAUUGGGGGUGGGGUGGGAGGAGGAGGGGUUACAGGUGUGGGUGGUGGACGGGGAGGAGGGAGAGGGAGGGGAAGUCGAAAGUGGGGAGCCGGUGCAGCAGCAGCUGCUGCUACCGUCGCUCCUCCUUCGACUACCACUGCUGCUGCUGCUGCGUCAGUUGGUGCUGGCAGUCGUUCCGAGAUCGCCAUCUGUUCAAGCACCAGCAUCACCGGCAGCAGUGGUGGCGGAGCUGCCGGCAGCAGCGGUGCGACAGCGCGGGCAGAAUUCCGGAGAGAAGUGAUGGCGAUGGUGUCGUGUGGGCAGCGGUGCCCACAGCUGCUGCGCUUCUACGGCGUGUGUGUGGACGUGCGGCACCGCAUGUGCAUCGUCACCAAGCUCAUGCCGGGCGGCACUCUGCACGACCUGCUGAGGAGGCGCAAUGGUGUGGGCCUGCCGCUGCUGCAGCUGCUGCGCGUGGCGUUGGACAUUGCUUUGGGGAUGCGGUUUCUCCACCGCCAUGGAAUCAUUCACCGUCCUACAACCAAUCCUGCUAUCUCCACCACUCCCAUACCCCCCCCCCCACCUUUCUCCAGCGACCUCAAGACGGCCAAUGUGUUACUGGACGAGCACGGUCGGGCAGUGGUGGGGGACUUUGGAGUGGCGCGGCUGGUGGGAGACGGAGCGGAGAUGACCAAGGAGGUGGGCACAUACCGCUGGAUGGCCCCUGAGGCCUUCGGCACCACGGGUCACUGGUCCGUCACCCCUCGCAGCGACGUGUACAGCUUCGGAAUUGUGUUAUGGGAGCUGCUGACUGCGCGGUUACCCUACGAGAGUUACUCGCCGCUCCAGGCUGCGGUGGCGGUGGCGCUGAAUGGGCUGCGGCCGGCGAUACCGGCGGGGUGCCCUGAGGGGCUGAGGCGGCUGAUUGAGGCAUGCUGGGCCAGGGACCCUGCAGAGAGGCCUGACUCAGAGGAUGUAGUGCGUGUGGUGCGAGGUUUGAGGCGGGAGUUGAUGGGGGAAGAGAGUGUGGAGGACGAAGAGGAGACUAGUGGGGGGAAUGGGGAGCAUGUUGUGAGUGGUGGAAGAUGA